UUUGUAUUACACAUAUACAUAUAUAAAAUAUUUGUUUUUUUUCAUGCGUAAUAUUCUUUACUUUCUGUUGCAGCUGUAAGAAUAUUGUAAUUAAAUACAUUAUAAAACUCCACACUUCCGAAAUAAUAUUGGAAUCAUAUAACUCAGAGACGUACAUGCUAAAUGAUCAGCUCGCGCGAUCUUUUUACCUGCUGAUCCGCAUCAGCCCGCGUGCGAUCAUUCCAUUAUGCUAAACCGCGUUUUAGGGCAUUGCGAAAGCUGUCGCACCGGGAGUGCCGUAUUUUCGCAAGUGCAAUCAAUCAAGGACUGAGAGGAGGAGGAGAGUCAGGAAGAGCAUGAACGAUGCAAAAUCGAGCGGAAGGUGAGUCUACAAAUCUUUCGGAUGCCUGUCGAAUUACUGUCGAGAAGAAUUACAUUUGAUCAUUUAAUUGGCGCGGAUAUCGUGUAGUAAAAGAAACGCGAGCGAGUAACGCGAUCAAGUACUUUAUAUCGAGUGUAUUUUUUGCAUCGUAUCAGGCAUACGCAAUUGUACAAUUAUGAUAUUUAAUAAAAGAAUUUGUUCCAUUGUUGCAUAUACUUUUUACAUUUUUGCACCUGUACGCUCAGGCAUUCGAGAGACAAAGAGAAAGAAUUUUUGAUAUGCGAAUGUAGAAAACAUUUUUCAUUUCUCCGUAACUCAGUGAUAACAUCGUUAAAUCAGCCCUUCAUUUCGUCGUGAAUCGCUGAAUUUAAAGUCGCAAGCUACACGUUUUCCGUUAAUAGCGCUAAUUGUCGCCGACAAUUGUGCGGAGGGAUAAAUAAAUCAGCAGGUAAGUUCGCCACAGGUGGUAGUGCUUGAUCGUGCAGGGUGGUCCGUCGAUUCCUCGCAUUGUGGUAUCGAAAAUCGCAACCGCGGCAGCUUGAUCCGAGAUAAACCAGAGAGGGGUAGGGGGAAAAAGCCGUAAUAUCAUCAUUAUAUUAUGUCACAGAUGCGCGCAUCGAGGGAUCUCGAGACUAACGUUUUUAUAUUGUGGUUACGGCGCCAUUGUGCAUCCCUCCGUCCACAAAAGGUCCCAGGAGGACCCCCGCGGAGAAAAGACCUACGACAUAGUGGGGUUGCUGAUUGGCCGGUUCCCCUGUCAACAGCUAUGGUAAAUCUGUACGUACUUCCUGCAUAUCUUCCCUUUCCGACCUCUAGUCGUCACCUGCCAACUCUGCAACGAAACGUUUUCGUCAAGUCUGGUUGCGGAUUUACAAGUUAUUUAAUGAAAGUUCUUUCGUAAAUUAAUUAUUACAAGCUAUUAAUUUAUUAGGACGAUCCGGUGUGAAUGUUGCUGCGCUUUUAAUGCGAUUGAAAAUGUCAAGAUUUUAAUCGAAUUUGCAUAAAUAGCCAUGUUAUGUUGUUGAAAUCAGGCAUGCAAAAAUUAUUUGGUUCAUUUUCAAAGAAGGUUUACAUAAAUUAGUAGCGGUGGUGGUGCGCAAUGCGAAGAAACCGGAUUGGAUAAAUUAUCUCUGCAAUCGGCGAGGGAAGAUACUAGCGAAUCAUGCUGGAACCACUGAUAGUUCUGACAGUGCUGAAUUGUAUUUUCAUGUUCAGUUCUACCGUCACAACCUGCGCAUUAUGGUGGCAACAUCAGAAGCAUCGUUGUUGCGCAAAAGUGGAUGUUACCCAACAGAAAUCUGGUUCUAAGAGAUCGAAAAGUUAUACUUUUGGAGCCGUCAAGAAAUCAAGAAAACCAAAGAUCAACGGUCACGUAGAGAUCAAGUCUGUGAACGAUAGUCCCAAGCAGAAAGAUGAAAGAAGCCCGAAGAGAAGGUCCAAGAAAAAGUUGCCAUAUCUGGCAGAAUAUCAAAAGAGAAGAGAAGAGAAGAUGUUAACGUCGUCGGGCGGACUGGAAGCAAGGAGGCUCGAAGAGAAGACAAAGCUGUCGGAAGCUUCGCAGACAGUAAACGACACGAAAUCGACAAUCGUGAUGGAAUUCUCGACGGUCCAGAAGGUCGUGCAAAUCGUCGAUAAUGAUUCUGAGAUUAAUCCACCGCGAGUAUCUCUCAAGGAUGUCAUCAGUCGGAAGAACACGGCGAAGAACAAGAAAUGCAAUGAUAAUGUUGAGCAGAGUUUCGUGACCAACGGCAACAGUUUCAUGGUCACCGGCAAAAAUUCCUGAUAAACAAUUACGAAACGACAGAUUAAUAAAAUCGGACGAUGCAAACUUGUCGCACGCAUGUAAAAUGUCAAAUUCUACAAUUAUAGUAUAAUUUUAAAAUAAUGUGUAAAGAAGCAAUGUGUGUAAUGCUCGACGUAUUCCGCUCGUCUUGCAUCCAUUUUAAUGCACAAGUGCAAAUGUGAGCAAACAGCUGCUCCCAACAAACACUAUACGAUACCUCAGAGGCAACACGCGCUUCCGCUCAAUAAACAAUUGUUCAACAAUCG